GUGAGCACUCACUUUAAUUUUUCGUUAGGAACGGGUCGAACAUUCGUUCUGCUGCGCACCAAAUCUUUUCGGCCCCCAAUGCAAGUGCCAAGCGCUGUAGCGGCGUCUGUAGUGCAUACAAAAUUACCAGUGACCCGACGGGAACCCUAGUUCCCAGCACCGUGCCUUCCCAAAUUAUCGAUGUGAUCUGGUCCCAGGACCCAGCGGAUACGGAUACGGAAGAAACUCGCACAAAAAUCGAUCGUUGAGGCGGUUCAAAUCAAGGCUGCACGACACUUCGAGGGCUUUUAUGUGACUAUUACUAUGAAAUUGGAUGAAAUAGUUGCAUGGUACCAGAAAAAAAUCGGCACCUAUGACAAGCAAGAAUGGGAGAAGACCGUCGAACAGCGGAUCCUGGAUGGCUUCAAUAAUGUCAACUUGAAGAACACCAAGCUGAAGACGGAACUGAUCGAUGUGGACUUGGUUCGCGGUUCCACCUUCCCCAAGGCCAAGCCCAAGCAGUCGCUCCUCACAGUGAUUCGCCUGGCCAUUCUGCGCUAUGUGCUGCUGCCCCUCUACGCCCAGUGGUGGGUCAGGCAGACCACGCCCAACGCCUUCGCCUUCAUCCUCGUCCUGUACCUCACCCAGCUGUCCAACUGGGCCAUCUACGUGCUUCACAGUAGUCGAAUUGUGCCGCUGGUCUAUGAAAAGCCAUCGAAUGGCACUUUGCUUCAGGCAGAGGCAGCAGAAGAUGGUAAUGACCCCGCUGCGGAUAAGCAAUCCGAGGAGCAUGCCGACAUGCUCAGCGCCCUGCUUAUUCCGUGCGCCCUUAGCCUGCUGAUCAGCCUGAUCCACUCGCAGAUCGUGGCCACAAACACUGCCACAGGCGUCGCGGGUGGAAGCAGCAAGAAUAAACUCCGACGAAUCUCUGCAAGCUUCUUAGGCGAUAAGGCCGCGACCCGGGAGCAUAGGGUGCGGCGCCGCAAGAAGUUUGUGCGCAUUCGCCAAAUGGAACCUGAUUUGUCCCAGGCCAGCAGCAACACUUCACUUCCAAACAGACGAACUGUAGCCAGCGCCAUCGAAGUGCUUCCCAGGCCGAUCACUCCGUCGCCCUCACCCUCGCCCAAAAGCAUCUGCGCCGUUGUGCCUGAUCCCAUCCUGCCGGCCACACCACCUCCCGUCGUAAUCAGGCGGAGUAGCAACGAGGAGACCUUCCUGACCACGACUGCCAUCAGCCCACUACCGCAACCACUGGGAGCCACAGACGCACGCUUCGAUCUCAGCAGGCAGACGGCGGGAGCGGCCCCCGAAAGCCCCAAAAAACGGAACGUCAACUGGCACACGCCCAUCCAGAUCUACGCCACUUACGAGCGCGCUGAGCAGCCAUGCUGCAGCAGGGAUGCCUGCGAGGAUGGUGCGGAAGCGGAUGGUGAAAGCAGUGUGGUUUCCGUCAAGCCCGCCUACCAGUCGCGGCGAAACAUCGGCGAAGACGAUGGCUUUGAGAGUCUGAAUGGGAAAAGUUCCAGCGGAGAGGACAACAACCAUUCGCCCCUGCCCAUUGCGGGGGCUGUUGUGGCUCCCCCUGCUCCCGUCCAGACCAAUCAGCUGCGCCUGCGUCUUAACUCGACAAACGCUGUGUCCACCAGUGCUCCGGCAACGGAAAAAAAGGGGCAGUCGCGCGGCAAUGAAUCUACAACCAGUUGCGCCGAGUCGGACGAGUGCGAUGAUGCGGAUAUCAUAUCCAGCCCCGCCUCGGCGUGCAACCAGGAGUGCACCACCUCUGCCACAGACUGGCUGGGAGUGACUACGAACAGCGAGGACUGCAGCUACACCUCUGACCUGGAUCAUUCUGACAGCGGUUUAAAACACGCAGCCUGCAGCGACGAAGAUCCUGGCGAGUUGGACAUUACGCCAACUACUAUACUUAACCCUCACAGCAGCCUGGACCGCAUUAGCUGCACCAUUUGGGACCAGCGAGACGCCAAAAAGGCACAGCUUUCCGUGCUGGAGAUCGCCUCUUGCAUAAUCGAACGUGUGGAUUCGAUGGGCGAGGCCAACGACUAUAUCUAUAUAGGCGUGGUCUUCUCUUUCCUGCUCACACUUAUUCCCAUAUUCUGCCGACUCUGCGAGGUCACACUCGGAAGCGACGCGGAGAAGGCCAGCGAGAUAAGCUACUUGUACAUGCCACAGCUGCUGUGGGAGAAGUCGUCUUCCUCGUUCUACACCCUGCUGGGCUUUGCCUUCGGGGAUUCUCAGUGGGAGCGUACCGUCCUAGCUCUGGGCUUUGUACAGCGCCUUUGCCUGACGCUCAUCCUGUUCAUCAUAUUCGCCGUUGCAGAGCGCACGUUCAAGCAGCGCUUCCUUUACGCCAAACUCUUCUCGCACCUGACGUCGUCACGUCGGGCUCGUAAGUCGAAUCUUCCGCACUUCCGCCUGAACAAGGUACGCAACAUCAAAACCUGGCUCAGUGUUCGGUCCUAUUUGAAGAAACGUGGUCCCCAGCGAUCGGUGGAUAUCAUCGUUUCCGCCGCCUUCAUAGUAACCCUUUUGUUGCUGGCCUUUCUAAGCGUCGAGUGGCUGAAGGAUUCUGUGCACCUGCACACACACCUCACGCUGGAGGCCCUAAUCUGGUCGAUCACCAUCGGGAUCUUCCUGCUGCGCUUCAUGACUCUGGGCCAGAAGAUCCAGCACAAGUACCGCAGCGUGUCGGUACUGAUUACGGAGCAAAUCAACCUGUAUCUGCAGAUCGAGCAGAAGCCGAAGAAGAAGGACGAGCUGAUGGUGUCAAACAGCGUGCUCAAGCUGGCCGCCGAUCUGCUAAAGGAACUCGAAACGCCAUUCAAGAUCUCUGGCCUCAGCGCCAACCCAUAUCUUUUCACAACCAUAAAGGUGGUCAUCCUGUCGGCCCUCUCGGGCGUGCUUAGCGAGGUUUUGGGCUUCAAGCUGAAGCUGCACAAGAUCAAGAUCAAGUGAAUCAUGCAGGGCGCAGAUCCAUCAUAUUUUUGUAGUACAACUUUUUCGAAACGCUUUAAGAGAAAUCUACAACUACACCUAACUCUAAAUUAGCUAAGUGAAUAAAUUUAAGCGAGCCAAUGUUUAAGCUUGUCAAGUGAUUGUUUAGCAGCGUUAACAAGCCCACUACUGACUACGUAAAUCAAUAUAAAUUAGUAUUUACCACCUACCUUCUAGAGCGACCUGCACAAUCACAAAUCAUGUUAAAUCGAAUUGUGUAAUGUAAUGAAUCGUAUUAAAGUUCAUAGAACUUUUAGCAUAAACCAAUGCACCUUUCGUAGUUGGCUGUUUAUUCUGUUACACAGUCUCGAGUUCAAUUCCUAAAGCGGUCUCAGCUAGAGUGUUGCAAUUAAUAAAUGUUAGCAAUCCAUAUUAA